UCAAAUUAUAGCGAAACAAAAAUUCAUUGCGGUUAAAAUAAUAUUUAAAAUACAAAAAUGCCAGCGGUUGGAAUCGACUUAGGGACGACGUAUUCUUGCGUGGGAGUGUGGCAGCAUGGGAACGUGGAGAUUAUCGCCAACGACAUGGGCAACCGCACCACGCCGUCCUACGUCGCCUUCACCGACACCGAGCGCCUCAUCGGCGACGCAGCCAAGAACCAGGUGGCUCUCAAUCCAAGCAACACAAUAUUUGACGCCAAACGACUCAUUGGCCGCAAGUUCGACGACCCUAAGAUUCAGCAAGACCUGAAACACUGGCCAUUCAAAGUCAUCAAUGAUGGCGGAAAACCAAAAAUCCAAGUUGAAUACAAAGGUAAAACCAAGCGGUUCGCGCCAGAAGAGAUCAGCAGCAUGGUUCUGACCAAGAUGAAAGAGAUAGCUGCGAUGUACCUUGGGAAAACAGUGAAAGACGCUGUAAUUACUGUUCCGGCUUACUUCAAUGAUUCCCAAAGACAGGCGACUAAAGACGCUGGCGCUAUUGCAGGGCUGAAUGUAUUGCGUAUCAUCAAUGAGCCCACUGCCGCUGCUUUAGCAUACGGGCUUGAUAAGGAUCUAAAAGGAGAGAAAAACGUUCUCAUUUUUGAUCUUGGAGGAGGAACCUUCGAUGUUUCCAUUCUUACUAUCGACGAAGGAUCACUUUUCGAGGUAAAAGCUACUGCUGGGGACACUCAUCUCGGCGGCGAGGACUUUGAUAGUAGAUUGGUCAACUUUCUUGCUGACGAAUUUAAAAGAAAGCAUAAGAAAGACUUAAAGAAUAACCCGAAGUCUCUUCGUCGCUUGCGCACUGCAGCUGAAAGAGCAAAGCGGACUCUAUCCUCAAGCACCGAAGCAAGUAUUGAAAUUGAUGCCCUGUAUGAAGGAAUCGACUUCUUUUCUCGUAUUUCCCGAGCACGGUUUGAAGAGCUCAACGCUGAUCUUUUCAGAAUAACACUGGAACCGGUCGAGAAAGCAUUGAAGGAUGCUAAAAUGGACAAGACUUCCAUCCACGAUAUUGUUCUUGUUGGAGGUUCAACGCGUAUACCCAAAGUCCAAAGCCUGCUCCAAAAUUUCUUCAAUGGCAAGAAACUGAACUUGUCAAUCAAUCCUGAUGAAGCUGUCGCUUAUGGUGCUGCAGUGCAAGCUGCUAUUCUUAGUGGAGAACGUCAUUCAAAGAUUCAGGAUGUUUUACUUGUCGACGUCGCUCCAUUGUCUUUAGGAAUCGAAACAGCUGGAGGAGUUAUGACAAAGAUAGUCGAGCGUAAUGCCAAGAUUCCUUGCAAACACUCGCAGACGUUCACCACAUACUCUGACAACCAACCAGCCGUCACCAUUCAGGUUUACGAAGGCGAAAGAGCUAUGACAAAAGACAACAACUUGCUUGGGACCUUCGAUCUGACCGGUAUACCGCCUGCUCCACGAGGAGUUCCACAAAUUGACGUCACCUUUGAUUUGGAUGCUAAUGGUAUUCUUAACGUAUCUGCUAAAGAGAACAGCACAGGAAAGAGCAAGAACAUCGUGAUUAAGAAUGACAAAGGGAGAUUAUCUCAAGCUGAGAUCGACAGGAUGUUGUCUGAAGCUGAGAAGUAUAAGGAUGAGGAUGACCGUCAAAGAGACAGGGUGGCGUCUCGGAAUAAGUUGGAGACGUAUUUGUAUGGGGUGCGGCAGGCGGUAGAUGAAAGCGGGGGGAAGUUGGGCGAGCCUGACUGUGGGAAGGCGCGUCGGAAGUGCGAGGAGGCGCUGAAGUGGUUGGAGGCUAACUCGUUGGCUGAGAAGGAGGAGUAUGAGGAUAAGCUGAAGGAGGUGAGCAGUGUGUGCGCUCCGCUGAUGAAGAAGCUUCAUGGGGCGGGGGCCGGGGCGGGCGGGGCUCGCCGGGGCGGCGGCGCUGGCGGGAGCGACGGCCCCGUCAUUGAGGAAGUCGAUUGA